AUGGAGGAGAUGUCUGGCUCUCCGCAGCCUUCCCGGACCGUGAGGCUCAGCGAGGACGAAAGCCUCAAGCCGGCCAGAGCAGAGCGGCAGCCCAGGGCUGACUGCCCGGCUGGCUGCGGCCCGGCCCGGCUUCCCCGGCGGGAGAGAAGGCCCGUCCCGCCCCACGCGGGGCCGUGUCCGGCCUGUCCUCCGCCGCCGAGCCCAGGUCUGUCAGAGUCCAGUACCAGAACCGGGACGGCAGCCGGCACGGCAGCUCCCGGCGCCGCGGAACCGGGCGGGGGCCGUGAGGACCACCCGCCGCGGCGGGAAAGCUGGCGGCCGUCACCUGGCGGGAGCCGUGUGGUCUGGCUGCCCCCGCCGACGAGCCGGGCUCAGCGCAGACGGCGAGGGGCACGCGGCGGCCUCGGCGCGCGGGGCGACAGGAGGCAGGCGGCCCGGGGAGCCUGGGCGCGGGGCGGCGCCUGCCUCGGCCUGCGUGCGACGGGAGCCCGGCCGGCUGUCCCCAGGCAGCGGCGGGCCCGGGUGUCCAGUCCUCGGGCACACACCCAGGGUCAUUCCCCGAGUUCCGCUGCGCGCCGGCUGCGGGGACCCUCCUGGGGCGGCGUGCUGACCCCGAGGGACAGAGCCGAACGCGACACAGUCCCGCCUGAGGAGCGCCCAGCGCGGGCGGCAGGCGGGACCACCCGCGGCGUCAGCCUGGGGGCGGCGGGGACGCGGGGCGUGAGGGCUAGAGCUUAUUGUGUCCUGCGAAAUCUCCCCAAGGCCAUGAAGACAGUCUCCCACAUCCUGCUCCAGCGGCUGUGGUUCCGUUGGGUCUUUGAUCCAUCUCAGAUUCAUCGUUGUGCGUGACAGGAGUUAGAGCAUCGCGUUGUUCCAGCACCAUUUGUUCAAAGUCUGUCCCUUCCACCACUGAAUUUUUCUGGUGCCUUUGUCGAAAAUCAACUCACUGAACAGAGCUGGGUCUGUUGCUAGACUCUGAAUGAUUCCAUUGACGGGUAUGUUUACAUCAUCUAGAUUCCUGCAGCUUCAUAGACAGUCUUGAGGUCAGAUAGUGUAAAUCCUCCAACUUUGUUUUUGUCUAACAUUGUUUUGAUUAUUUCAGAUCUUUUGCAUUUCCGUGCAAAUUUUAAAUCAGCUUGUCAGUUUGUACCCAAAAAGCCUGCUGAAAUUUUGAUUGAGAUGGCAUUGAUCUAUAGAUCAACUUGAAAAGAAUUGACAUGUUAUCAAUCAAUAUUGAAUCUUGCCACUUAUGAACAUGGUCUCUCCUUGGAGAAGGCUAGUGCAUCCUUUAUUAAAUUUAAUCCUCACUAUUUUAA